AGAGGAUCUUUGUGUCUGCAAUGAGUCAGGUUACAAAAUACUCAUAAAACACACCUGAGAGAGCUUUGCACAGACAGACAGCAAGCACAGCGAGGGAGCUCCAGGUACCCAACAAACCAUCCACAACACAGGCCAUCUCUUCCAAUAAUGACACGGUUAUGUAGGACGUGGUGUCCGGUGCUGCUUCCCUGGCUAUGUGCACUUUCAGUCAUUUCAGGAUCAGCCAUAGAUGUCCAUAUUUCAGUCUGCAACUGUAAUGGGCGAUCACAGCGCUGUGUGUUCGAUGCAGAUCUGCAGGCCCAAACUGGUUCUGGGUUCCGCUGUUUAGACUGUAAUGGAGGAACAGAUGGACCCAACUGUGAGCGAUGCAAAGAAGGGUAUUAUCCACAGCCUGGGGGAACCUGUGCACCCUGCCAAUGCCAUAUUACAGGCUCCCUUAAUACCCAGUGUGAUAACUAUGGACGGUGCAGCUGUAAGCCUGGGGUGAUGGGUGAGAAGUGUGACCGGUGCCAGCCUGGUUUUCAUUCACUUACUUACAGUGGUUGCAGACGCCAGGGCUGCUUUUGUGACCCAUCAGGCAGCAGCCAAAACUGUGACCAAGAUGGCAAAUGUGUUUGUAAAUCCAAUGUCUCUGGAGAGAGUUGUGACAGAUGUAAGCCUGGGUAUUAUGACCUGCAAGCUGGCCGAUCAGAAGGAUGUUUGCAAUGUUUCUGUUAUGGUCACUCGUCCAAUUGCCACAGCUCCACUGAUUACAGCAUGGUCAAGAUCACGUCUCUCUUUGAGAAAGAUGUAGAAGGUUGGACAGCAGUCCUUAAGGAUGGUUCUCCAGCAUCAGUCCCCAUACGGAUGUCCCGCCACCAGAAAGAGGUGUAUCUUGCAUCACGACAGCUGGAGCCCCUUUAUUUUAAUGCCCCAGGAAUGUUCUUAGGGGACCAAUCUAAUAGUUAUGGUCAAGUGCUGACCAUCAGCUUCCGUGUGGAUCGAGGCCGUCAUAGGGCUGGCUUUGAAGAUAUUAUACUAGAAGGAGGAGGCCUGAGAGUUACUGCCCCUCUUACCUCAUCCAAAACUGCCCUUCCCUGCAGAUUACCUCAAACCUACACAUUCCGAUUGGAUGAGCUGUCUGUCAGCCCAUGGACUCCUCGUAUUAGUCAUUUUGACUUCCGACGCCUUUUAAGCAAUGUGACCGCCCUGCGUAUUCGUUCCACUUAUGGAGAGUACAGCACUGGGUAUCUCCAAAGCAUCACCCUUGUUUCUGCUCAUCCCGGUCCUGGGGUGCCAGCGCCCUGGGUGGAAAAAUGUGAAUGCCCUGUUGGAUAUAAGGGCCAUUACUGUGAACAAUGUGCCCCAGGGUAUCGCAGGGAGUCUCCUGCGCUGGGUCCCUUCAGCCCUUGUGUCGCAUGCAAAUGCCAAGGAGGGGGUCUAUGUGAUCCAGAAACUGGUGACUGUUACUCCGGAGAUGAGAAUCAGAAUAAUGACUGCGCUGACUGUCCUAAUGGGCAGUAUAAUGACCCUCGUGACCCCCAGAGGUGCCUGCCAUGUCCAUGCAGUGCUGGGGUUGGUUGCUCGUUGUCUCCAGAAACCCAAGAGCCCGUGUGUGACUACUGUCCUGUGGGACUGAGUGGUCCUCGCUGUGAAAUAUGUGCUGAUGGACAUUUUGGAGACCCCCAAGGACAAAAUGGACCUCCUCAGCCGUGCAGACCGUGUGCCUGCAAUAAUAAUAUUGAUCCCACAGUGGAGGGGAGCUGUGACCAAGUGACCGGAGAGUGCUUGAAAUGUCUUUAUAACACAGCCGGAUUCUACUGCGACAGAUGCCAGGAAGGAUCUUUUGGUAACCCACUGGAUCCAAACCCAGAACGCAAGUGCAGAGAGUGUUACUGUCACCCUGUGGGUUCCCAGCAAGGUUCAUGCCAGGCUGAUGGCUUAUGUCUGUGCAAACCAGGAUUUAGUGGGGAAAACUGUGAUCAGCCGGAGUGCCCCAGCUGCUAUGACCAAGUCACUGAGAUGAUGACUUCAUACAAGGGACAACUGCAGCAGUUGACUAGUUCCAUCAAUGGCAAUGGUCAAAUGCACACCCAAGACCACCGUUACCUGGAGGAACAGAUGAGGAGAGCGGAGGAGAGAUCUCGGAAUAUGUUAAGGGAGGCCGAAUCUGCUCAUGCUACAGAACAAUCCUUGCAAAGACAGAUGUCAGCACUGCAGGGGUUACAGACUGAAACCCAGAAUGACUUGGUACAUGCACAGACCAAGAUCCAGCAAGUACAGACCCAGACCGGAGAGUACCAGAGCCGCCUGCAGGAGACCAAGAUGAAGAUAGCAGUGGCAAGGCAGCAGCUUGAAGGGGGCCAGGCAGAACUCAACCGAAAGACUUUUCCUACUGAGAAUGUGAACUGGAACUCAAGCAUAUAUUCCACACUUGGUCAAGAAGCCCAGAGAAUAGCGACUAGACUCGAACAAGAGGCUCAGAUGGUAGCACAGAGCUCAGGAGACGCCCUGGCGGAUACACAAAGAUCGAUGCAGAUUCUACGAUCAGGAGACGCAGACCUCAAUGCUGCAGAGAAACUGAGAUCAAGACUAUAUGAUGUCCGGACUCAGGUUGGCACAUUGGAGACUGAGGCUAUCCAGGCUGCUGCCUCUGCAGAGAAAUCCUACCAUAGGAGCUCUCAGACUGCUCGGGAGUUGGCACAAGCUUCCCUUGGACUUUCUGUACAGUUCCAGGAGGAGAUGGAGCGUCUUAGACGAGAAUCUUCAUCCUUGAGAACUUCAGUAGAAGCAGAAAUAUCUCAGAGCAAAAAUUUACAGAACAAACUCAACGUCUGGGAGCAGAGUGCCGAGCAGCAACUUUUUGAAGGGCAAAAGUACAAACAGAUGGGGGAUCAGCUGUUGUCACGGGCAAAUGCUGCAAAGAAUAAAGCCGAUCAGGCCAUGCUGUCAGGGAACGCUACAUACUAUGAGAUCGAGGGGAUGCUUAGUAGCCUGAAAGGGUUUGGAAACCAGGUAGGAGAUCGACGCAGAGCAGCAGAAGGGGCGAUGAGGCUCCUCCCUGAGAUCCAGAGACGUGUACAGGGAGCCACAAGUACCACAGAAAGAGCAAGCACAGCACUGAUGGGUGCAGAGAAGGAUGCUGAUCUGGCCGUAGAGAAUUCUGAAGAAGCUCAGAGUAUCACAACCGCAAUACAACAGGACAUGCUGCGAAUGAGCCAAGAUGCAAACAGUUCUGCUCAACUGGCAUUGGCACUGGAGAAUGAGUUUGCUGCACUGCAGAAAAUGGCUAGAAAACCAGCUGGAGAACUGGAAGAGAAAGCAAAGAAGGCAGCAGAAGACAGUGCAUCUGCACAGUUGAUUGUUGAUAGUGCAACAGAAGCUGAAUCUAAUGCCGGUGAUACCCUUAAUGCUGUCACAGGGACACUGACCGCCCUUGAUCGUGUUCUCAGCUUAUUAGACCAACCCAUCGAAGGAAAUGAAGAGGCGUUACAAGCUCUAGGAAGCAGCAUGGAGACGGCUCGGAAACAGGUCACUCAGCGCCUCAGGCCGGCUUUACAAGAGCUUGAGUUGUCAUUUAAAUUUCAAAAACAGAGGAUUCUAAGUCUGGAUGAAGAGAUCCAGCAAACGAUGAUUGACAUCCAAAACCUGAGGGAUAUCAAAAACAGCCUUCCACCGGGGUGCUACAAUACAGCUCCUAUUGAAAGACCCUGAAAUCAAAAAGGACAGAAUAGACUCCGCAAACCCGAUAAUUAUUCACAUUUACCGGUGCCAUGCGUAAGAUCUGCAUGAUGUAUGCAAAAAAAAGAACUUAAUUUUGGACAUUCUUGUGACCGGCUGACGGGUGCUAAAUAGGAACCAUGAAACGUGUCUGUCUUAAAAACUGUGCCAUAUUUUGUCUUUGUACCUUUUGUAUUUAUUUAUUAAUAAAUAUAUCAUUAAACGUUA